CUCCAUCAUCGCAAAUCCUUUCCGCCAUUGAAGAACCACUAUAAACUCUUCACACACUGACACAGAGAGAGAUAGAGAGAGAGAGGAGAGAGAGAAGAUCUUGAAAAAUAGUGAAGAAAAAUGUUGUCUUCUUUGACACUGCCCAUUGUGAAUGGAGGCGCCCUUUUGCCUUCACGACAAUCGCACUCCUCUAAUUUCAAUUCUCCUGCCGGAUUCAAGUGGGGAUUGCAACGAGAGCGAGAAUCGAGAUUAUUUCCUCGAAGAACAAGGAAUCAAGAAAUCAGAGUAUUGGCAAAUCCAAAUGCAUCUUCUCCAUCUUCGGAAAAACGAAAGCCGAAGAAAGAAGUAGUUAUGGUUGAUCCCGUGGAAGCUAAGAGAUUAGCAGCAAAACAGAUGGAAUUAAUUAAAGCUAAAGAAAAAUUCAUAAAACGACGUCAAAUUGAAGCAAUCAACGGUGCAUGGGCCAUGAUUGGUCUUACAGCAGGAUUAGUCAUUGAAGGUCAAACAGGAGACAGCAUUUUAGCUCAGUUGGCUGGGUAUGCGGCUGCUUUCCUUGGUUUCUUUGUGAGAUAGGCAUUUCGAGAUUAUAAACGGGCUCGUACAUUAGCCCGACGAAUGACGAUUAUUGGAAUUAUUCGAUGUUCCAUCAUUUUGCUCUGAAUCACAUGUGUAAUGCGAUUCUUACGUUUCUUGGAAUCGAGUAAUUUGUGGGUUUUUCGAUAGUGAUUUUUUGUUUCGUAAAACGGAUAAAAUACUAAAGCAGAACAUUUUGUUGGUCUGUUAAAAGGAUGUUAUCAUCUUUGCUUUCUUCUUUUGAUCCA